AUGCAAAGGUCCAGAAGGCACAGCGGCCCGCUGCAAACGCUGCAGGGCUUCUCUGCCUACCUUACUGAGGCAGACGUCCUCAUGCUACAGGAUGAGGCAAUGGCGCCGCUUAAGCAGGACAACGUGAGCCGUGGCGGCUCCCAGUCGCUGUUCGACUUGGAUGUGAUCACGCCUUCCAAGCAGGGCAACAUGAGGGCGGAGCAGCAGUGCCAGGUGAUGAGCGCCGCCUACAGCCGGAGGGCUGCUGAAAAGCCUGCUGAAGAUCUUGAGGCUGAGGGCGACACCGCCCCAGUGACACCGCCCAAGGAAGGGCGCCUUCUUUUGGAAAGGUCCCGACCAACCAUCAAGCGCUCUAGAGAUGAUGCCUUGGACAUCAACACUCCGUUUGGAACACUCCUACUUUCACAGCUAGCUCCAUUGGCCCCAACGACGGCUGGCGGGACAGAAGAAUCGUUCGAGUUUACCUUUGUGAACCCAUUGGCCUGGAUGUACCACCUUUGUGCCACCUGUACCCAGUAUGCCGACCUUGUGAAGAACAUGUUCCAGGCGCGGCCCAAGGGCCGACGCGGCCCGCUGGCAGCCAUGCCAGGCAUGGCAGUCGGCUGCGGGCUGCAGUGCCCGAUCGGUGCACAAAUCAUCGCUGAGUGCAUCAGAUCGGAGGAUCGUAGAGCACGGAAGCCGAGACUGCAGAUCCUCGCUGCGAAAUUCGAUAUAGCGGCUGGAUGGACGAAGAACGACAUCGACUGGGUUCGUCGCGAGCAUGGCGGAUGCAUUCCACGUGACAAAGCCAUCAGCCUUGGAAGGUAUCAUCUUGAGAGGUAUCGUUCCUGGCGGUAA